AUGUGGCGUCAAGGUGAAGUCCCGCAAGAUUUCAAGGACGCAACUAUCUUGCACCUAUACAAGCGCAAAGGGAAUCGCCAAGUCUGCGACAACCACCGCGGCAUCUCCCUACUGAACAUCGCCGGGAAGAUCUUCGCUCGCAUCCUGCUCAACCGCCUCAACAACCAUCUGGAACAGGGCCUUCUGCCGGAAAGCCAAUGCGGCUUCCGUCGUCAUCGUGGGACCACGGAUAUGAUCUUCGCCACCCGCCAACUUCAGGAGAAGUGCCAGGAGAUGCGGACCCACCUGUACUCUACACACACACACACAACAGUUCGUCCGUCGAUUUCGACGAUGACCACCGUGUGCCCCACAGACUGCAUUGUGGGAGCAGGGACGGUGACUUACGCAGGGGUUUAUAGCUCAGCUUCCGUGACAGCGGUAUUUUUUGUCGUCCCCUCGACCGGUAAGCUAUCGUCUGCACAACUCUGUGUACAGAGAGCAAUGACACGACGGCACGGCAUAGUCACUCUUGCGAAGUAAUGUUGUGGACUGUAUCUUUCUAGAACUACUCAGGUCCGUAGGAAACGCUAAUCCGAACGACUGGCAUAUUGCGCAUGUCGAUUUUGGAAAUUUAGCAUUCCGCAUGUUGAAGGAUUCCAGUGCGUGCACUUGACAAGUUAGUUGCAUGUGCGGUGGUCUUGAAAAUUUGUAGUCCGUUGUACUGGGCUGUCAUCGUAUGAAUGACUAGACUGCCCCUUGCCUGCAUAUGAAGGGAAUUCGCCGAUUAGGUGACGGGACGUCCUCGUACCAUUGCGAAUUGGGGCCCAAUUUAGGACCCUUGAAGGCAGUCGUCCAACAAAAAGUACUAUAUUCAGGGAGAGGGGGAUAGCCGUUUUGGUUUACAGGCCUUCGCCAACGAAACACAUUUAACCCUUUGGUUGCAGAAGCUGGGAUCUGCACCUUGUCCAUUGGUCACUGGAUGUGAAGUCUACCGUUCUACCAUUGAGCCAUAGAUCGUCGUCUUGUUAGUUACGACCUAGAACAUCCACUAUUACGGGGUGAAAUUAACUGACCAAAAAUUACCAUCGUAGGCCUCUUGUCUCUGUCUGUAUGCCUUCUCCGAAAACGCUUUUGGGGAUAGUAAAUUUUUCGAUCGUAACCGACAAAACAAGGGGGUCUGUGAUUCAAGGAUGGAGCGUUGGACUUAACAACUUCCAACGAUCAACGAAUCCGAGUUCGAAUCCCAGAUCCUGCAAGCCUGGGGUUGGGUAUGGCUGAGUGACGACGGCUGAUAAGCCCGAAAAGGCAUCUCAGCCUCCCUUGUCUUGCGGUAUUCCUUCAAAUAUUUCCAUAAAUGUGGUAGGCUUUACUUUGGCAAAAAGGCAAGUUUAGGAACUUGUGUAAGCGAAAUACCCAGGUGAGGCACUUUCUAAGGAAGUAACUUAUCAUAAAAGGUUCCACAUCAAUCAAGAACAUUUUAAUGACAGACCGCUGUGAACGCUCAUUUUUUCGGCGAUGAAGCUUCAAGUUUGGGUGAGUCUGGAAGUAUGAACCCAACGGCCAUUUGCAUAGAAACGAACGACAGCGAACUCGCUACUUCGGUAAAUACUUUCAAGUAUAUACGGCGAAGGUUUUGAUGAGCACAAAUUACGAAACCUAUCUUCUCAAACAGUCGACUUAAAAUCGUAGAGAUGUCGCUGGCACUUUUAAGGUACUGUAACCCAGCGUAGUCUACCACCACCAAAAGAUACACGGCAAUUUUAUGGAAGAAAAGGUCUUCUGAUACACAGAAAAUGGUAUAUUUAGAAUUGCGUCUGAUAGUUCUAUUCCAAUUUUCUAUCAUCCGAUCAUUCUCUAAGCAUAUAACCUGGCGAAACUCGCAUUCUUGGGGCGUCUUUCUCAAGGAAAUCAAGAAAAAGCGCGCUUUGUCUUAGUUGAACUCAUCUCUAUAAGUGCAAAAAUCGAGUAAUCACAAAUAAUUCUCUCGUAACCCUUUUAGAACACACACGCGACCGGCCAGCUGCCAUAUAGCAUGGUAAAUUAUUUCUUCUGAAAUAUCAAAAUGGAAACCAUAAAAAGCGUAUUAAACGUGUUAUUUGAGUCCUCUAGUUAUUUGUAUAGACGGGCCUCAUUUUCCCCAACAAGUACGGUUAGCUCAACGGACACAAACUUUCACGUAUUUGGAAUUGCCACUUUUCUUCAAAAAAUUACGAAUUCGAUGCAAAAUUAUAUUACUUCAACAGUUAUUUUGUGCUAUCAUUUGGGUGAAGGUCAAUCGUCAGUAAUUUGGUGUUUUCGCCGAUGCACGUGCAUCAGAUUCUGAUUGAUUACAAAGGCCAGAAUAUAGCCAGCGCAUCCAUAAAUUGAUGACGUCUCUAAGGAAUGGUCACCCGUCUCGUAAGGCUGCGGGCAACCGGUAUCGCCCGCCGGCCGGAGUCAACAAUUUGACAUCUGUUCAUGAGACCUAGAGCAAACCGUUGACAGUGCAAAACUGCGAACGCCAUCUGUCGGUUUAAUUGUACCUUCAUUCCAUAGACCGGCAGACGACUACAGACUAUCACACGGGUGCCGCCUCCAUCGGCCGUUAUUUGGAGAUUUCCGUAACCUAUCAAACUUUCCGGACGCAGCUCAGUGAACAAAAGAGCAAACGCUAG